AUGUCCAGCCAAGUGGCCAAAAGUCGAGACAAUGCUGUUGAGGCGAUUCUUCCGCAAAUCAUCGAAACAAUCGAAAAGGCAAUUAGUCUAAAUGGGUCUGCUUGGCUUGGAAUCGGAACUGGAACCACGAUUUCUGUUUUUAUGGAAAAACUAAAGGCCCGGCUUAAAAGCGACCUUGCAAAGAAUUGCUUUGCCGUUUCAACCUCUUUCCAAUCCCAACAGCUGAUCAUCAGCUCGGGAAUGACCCUGGCCGCUCUUUCGCAGGCCCCUAAUGCUGAGCUAGACAUUGCCAUCGAUGGUGCUGAUGAAGUUGAUUCUUCUGGGUCUUUUAUAAUUAAAGGUGGCGGCGGUGCUCAUUUGCUGGAGAAAAUUGUAGCUCUUUCUGCAAAACUGUUCAUUGUAAUCGUUGAUUCUGAUAAGUGGAGAAAAGGCAUCCCGUUGGCAAUUGUUCCAGAAGCAUAUCCUUUGGUGAAAAAGGAGUGUGAGAAGAUGAAUUUUGCCCUCGUUCUUCGAAAUGGAUCCGGCAAAAUUGGGCCCGUCAUUUCCGAUCAAGGGCAUAUCGUUGCUGAUUUACAGCCGCCCUCUUCAAGCGAUGGAGUUUUCUGCGGUUUGAUGGAUAUUGAACGGAGGCUCUCUUCGAUCACUGGGGUGGUCGAGCAUGGGCUUUUUUGCAAAAUUGCCCAUUUAGUUGUAGUCGGCUCAGAAACCGGAUUUUACAUUUUAAAGCACGCCCAAGUUCAACCUUUUAUUGGAGUCGCAACAGAUUGCGGUUUAUAA